GAACGCAUCCCGCAGGCGAUUGGUGGAGGCGGCGUCCACGUAGGCGGAAGGCGGAACCGUGUGCGUGGACAGGGGGAAAAAGAAGACGCGGAGUCCGGCAGGCCGCCGUGAUGAGCCUCUGCGGUGGCCGGAGACCAUGACCCAGCCGAGGCCGCCACGGCUGCAUGACAACGCGGAGCGAGACUCUGAGACAAAGCAGAAGAGGAAGGUAGCCGAGAUCUACCAAGUUCUAAACAAUGACCCGGUGGACAUUGCUCCCCUCCGGCGCAUGGCAAUCAGCGAAGGAGGCCUUCUCCUGGACGAGAUUCGCUGCAAAGUGUGGCCCAGGCUGCUCAACGUGAACACAGACGACCUCCUGCCUCCGCCAGGAGAAGAACUUCGGGAAACAAGCAAGGAUUAUCAGCAAGUCCUGUUGGAUGUUAGGCGAUCCCUCCGACGCUUCCCACCAGACAUGCCCGAUGAGCAGAGAGAGGGUCUCCAGGAAGAGCUGAUCGACUGCAUCCUGCAGGUUCUGCAACGCAACACACAACUCCAUUAUUACCAGGGAUACCAUGACAUUGUGGUCACCUUCCUUCUCGUGGUGGGGGAGAGGUUAGCCGCCACCCUGGUGGAAAAACUCUCAACCCAUCACCUCAGGGAUUUUAUGGACCCAACCAUGGAAAACACCAAACACAUUUUAAAUUAUCUGAUGCCCAUCAUAGACCAAGUGAAUCCAGAUCUCCACGAUUUCAUGCAAAGAGCCGAGGUGGGAACCAUCUUCGCCCUCAGCUGGCUGAUCACCUGGUUUGGACACGUCCUGUCCGACUUCAAGCACGUGGUGCGGUUAUACGACUUCUUCCUCGCCUGUCACCCGCUGAUGCCCAUCUACUUUGCGGCAGUGAUUGUGCUCCAUCGGGCCCCGGAGGUUCUGGCCUGUGACUGCGACAUGGCUUCCGUCCACCACCUGCUGUCCCAGAUCCCCCAGGACCUCCCUUACGAGAUGCUCAUCAGUCGGGCUGGGGACCUCUUCGUUCAGUUCCCGCCUUCGAAGCUCGCCCAGGAAGCCGCUCAGCAGCAAGCCGAGAGAACGGCGGUUUCCACCUUCAAAGACUUCGAGCUGGCUUCAUCCCAACAACAGCCGGACACCAUCCUCCGCCAGCGCUUCCGAGAACAACUCCGGGCGGAGGAGAGAGCCAAGUCCCUCUUAGCGACCAAACCCAGGACCAACCGCUUCGUCAAGCUGGCCGUGAUGGGCCUGACGGUGGCGCUGGGGGCGGCCGCCGUGGCAGUGGUCAAGAGCGCCCUGGAAUGGGCCCCCAAAUUCGAACUCCAGAUCUUCCCCUAAGGCUGAAGGACGGAAGGAAUGUCCUCGCUCAUCUUCCGCUCCGUGAGCUGAAAACCACCUCGGCGGAAGACAAGACGGGUUUUGAGUCCAGCAGCCCUGAAUCCGUUCCCUUCUGCAAAGCAACCUUCGGCCAUGGAGAAGGGAACCGUUGCCUUGGGCUUCUACAAGCUGGGUGGUCUCAAUUUCUGCUUGCUCUUCUGGCCAGCUAAGGGGCAACUUUUCUCCACGAAGACACCCCUUCUGUCCUCCGUCUGCCGCCAGAUGAACAGAGAAGCCUCGGUGCUCCAGAGCUGCCCAGCUUGGAGACCUUGAGAACUUCUCCAAGCAAUUCUGGUUGCCGGUUUUAACCAAAAAUGGAAGAAGAUAAGUUUCUCAGCGGUUGCCAAUGGCAGAACUGGAUUCUCGCUAGUUCUCGUUUCGGUAUUUCGUGUUAGCCGGGAAGAAAACAGCAGGAAAAGAGAUUUUGUUAAACUCACAGAAUAGAUCAACAACUUGGCAACUUUUAAGACUUGGUUUUAAAAGUUUUAAGAAUUCUGAGAGUCAAAGUUCCACGAAUCUUAAGAAUUGCCGAGAUCGGACAUCCUUCGAAUAGAUCAGGGGUCUCCAACCUUGGCAACUUUAAGACUUGUGGACUUCAACUCCCAGAACUGUGGGAGUUGAAGUCCACAAGUCUUAAAAGUUGCCAAGGUUGGAGACCCCUGGAAUAGAUCAUUUUAGGACUUUCAAACUUGAUCUGUUGCCAUCCGGAAAAAAAAAUAAAUCAAACCAGAUCACCCUGUUUGAAGGGCGAUACGCGGAAAAAUGAAAACUUUUCUUUCCCUGCAUGACGAAUUCUCAACAAGGAGGUUCCCUUAAUCAAUAAUCCACAAUCCCCCACUACAGAAGCCUCUCUCACAAGUGUCCUUACCCAACCUUCGCUACCUUUGGCGGACGAGUUCUUGGCUAUCUUGGAAGCGACCGAGCAGAAAGAUCCCAAGAACCAGGCUUCCCAGCCCUCUCGAUAACCCGAGCCAAGGACUGCUCGCUUUGCCAACUUUGAACAUUGCGUCGAUCCAAGAGUAAGGCUGGGCAGCCGGGCAUUGAGGUAGACAGCCGAUGAGCCCUGCCGCAUCCUUCCGGCUGAACUCAAGAUGUUCUUCAGAAGCCACAGCUUCCAGAAAACGUCAAGAGCCACCUCCUGGAAGCAUCUAGACCAGGGGUCUCCAACCUUGGCAAGUUUAAGACUUGUGGACUUCAACUCCCAGAAGCAAAGCUGGCUGAGGAACUCUGGGAGUUGAAGUCCAUAAGUCUUAAACUUGCCAAGGUUGGAGACCCCUGGUCUAGACUUCACCUCUGUGUUUUUUUUCUUUAAAAACAGUUGCAUUGAAUUCUCCUCUGUGCCGAGACUGGGUCCUUCUGGAGGAGAGGCGAUGCAGGACACCCACAGAGAGUUGUCCUCUACACGUGCUUGUGGACCUUCUCUUCCAACGAGCUCAGGGCUGGUGCCAGAAGAUCCGUGCCUUUUCUCCAAGGGGUUCGGAUCGUGCUUUGCGUGUGGUUCCGAAGACCACUUUAACCCAAGAAGCUGGUUGGACUUUCAGCCUCUGUUUUGCCUUGAAGUUGAAGUAGUCAUUCAGUUGUUUCUAGGGCAGACGGACCGGGGGGGGGUGUUUUCUGAUAACGCAUUUUGGACUGUAACCCAUCCCUCGAAGGCGGAGGUGAGCAUCGGUAGACCUUUCCGCCAACCGUUUGGAUCGAAAGCCCAGUGUCAUAUCAUAAGAAGCAGGCAUGGGGUGGCGCCAUCCGAGCAGCAGUGACAGAAUGGGAAAGGAAAAACCAGGUUGUGGCCUCUAAGGAGGUUCGCAAAAAUGGCUGGGAAAUCCCUGACCUCGUUUUAUUCUUGUUUUUUUAAAAAAACAAAAGCACUUUACAAAAAUAAUUUCUAAAGAGAACAGGCUUUUAAUGGAGAAUUAACUUAAGGCAGGAAAGUGCUCUCUCAAUUUUUUGGGAUGGUUCUCUGAUGUCUUGUUUUGUUAAAAGAGUUAUUUUCUUCCGCUUCUUCGGAUCUGUCCCAUUUAGCGGAAGAAAAAUUUGAGCCCUAAACUUUUGAUGUCUAACCACAGGAAAGGCGCAGCGAUCCGAAAGAGAAGUUCUGCUUCAUCGUAUUUCCUAAGAACCGUCCCAAGCACUUAUUUAUUUAUUUUAUUCGUCCAGCAAAAAGUACAAAUUUGGAUAAAGAAAAUCAGAAUGUGGCAGGGACGAUAGGACACGCCUGCGCACUGACGGAAGCCCCGUUAGGGACCUCAUAAACACGAAGCGAGGUCCUCGGCUCAGCGUCGGUCAGCAGAAUCUAACAACCUUUUUAGAGGAUUGUGUGCAGGCUCAAGUCCUUUCCCAGAGUCCUAUCCAUAGAAAACGAGCAUUAUCAAGGAGCAAAUGGGCGGGGAGUUGGGGGGAAUAAAUAGAAUUUGGAGUUUGCACUGCAGUCUAGAAAAAUUGGCCUGGGAUUUCGCUGGUUAUUUGCACUUCUGUCGGGAGAAGUAAGGACAGCCAUUGCUGAGAAACGGGCCUGCUCCACCGGUAGAUUUACUGGGUCCCCAUUGAUGCUGGGAAGUUUCCUUACUGCUUCUCAUAAAUGAAGCAAUGGACCCCACCUUUCUCCUUUUGCACAAUCCCGGGCUUGCGAAUGCAGCAGCGGUGACCCCGGAAGCCCACAAAAUUAACGUGCCCACCGGUCCAGAGCAUUUCCCCCACCUGUUGGCACCCUUAACUUUCACCCUUCUGCGUGGGCAGACAGGUAACGGAGCCCAGAGGUUUUGAGUUCAGCGUAGAAAAAGGUGGAUUGCAACAGCCCUUCUUCGGUCGUGCAUCCUGGGCAGCGUGGUUCUUUUGUAUACUCGUGUACGUAACUUGUAGAUUUGUACAGGGCUUGUAAUUGUGUACAUGAAAUAAAUGCGGUAUUAACUUACUAAUGCCAUUUGCAAGGAG